GGACCUGCGGGACCCCUCUUCUUACACCACGGUGCCGCGCGGUCGCGGAAGUCUCGCACGUGUAUUUUCCCGUGUUUCGGAAUCGUCAGUCAUUCUCUCACGAAGAAGUGAUCGUCUUCGUGAUCGGUUCAAUAAUUCAGUACAGUGGUACGCUGUCGUUCUCUAUCGGGUCUUAUAACUUUUAACUCCGUCACGACAGUGCCGUAAUGUGUGCGAAGAAUCGAAGAGCAUGCGCGGAAUAUUGCUAUUAAAUUUGUUUUGUAACUCUCUAUGCGAACACCCGUGUGAAUCCUUGAACAAAAGAAUUCGAAAUACCGCGUGGAUCCUAGAUUGGUGCGUGACUGUGAUUGAAGUUGGCACGAGGCGUCGGUUCACGGCUGCCCAGGGAGUUUCUCUGUACCUCGCUUGACUUUGCUCUUGAAUCGCCACCGCACGACAAUAUCAUGUGCGCGAAGAUGAGUGUCCUGCAAGGUCGGCACUCUUCCGUGUGCGCGAAGAUGAGUGUCCUCCAAGGAAUUAUGACCCUUCCGAGCAGCCCGUGUGAGAUAGAAAACAUGAGCUUGUUUCAAGACCUCAAGUUGAAAAGGAGAAAGGUCGACUCCCGAUGUAGUAGCGACGACUCCCCGGUAUCCCUCGGAUCAGCAGGCUCGCCGCAGGGGAACCCGACGACGGACGCACCUUCACCCAUAAACUUUCCUGCUCCAGGGGAGAGCAUGGCCGACACCUCAACCCUGUCGCCGGAGACGAACAUGCCGGGCUCGCCGGGCUGCCAGGUCAGAGCGUCGAACGAGUACCUGCUGGGCAGCCCGAGUCCAGGGCCACUGCGAGGAGGAGACACCCUUCGUGGUACUGGCAGCGGUGAUGGCGGAGGUGGGAAAGGAAGCGGCCAAGAGGGUCGCGACGCGGGGUGCUCGGAUCGCGCGUCGCCCGACUCGGUCUUCCCGGAUGCUGGUCCGAUGAUGAGCUUCAGGGUCGCCGAUGAGCAGCAACAGCAGCAUCAGCAGCAUCAUCAGCAGUCGCAGCAGCAGCAGCAGCAGCAGCAGCAGCAACAGCAACAACAACGCUCCGCCACCCCGAUGCCGAUCAAAUCGUCGCCGUACUCGCCGGUUCAGGUCUCGUCGACUCCGAUUGCCCAGGAGGCCUCCUCGAGGAGUGACAGCCCGGAUCUGAAGGGCGACCUAUCGUCCGUCCAGACCAAGGAAGAAUCCGACAAUUCGGUCUUUGACGGAGGUGGAGGCGGCGGUGGUGGCGGUGGAGGCGGUCGUUCGGAAGCCUCCAACCAGCUUAGUCACCGGAAUAGCCCGUCAUCUCAAUUCAACCUGAACGUCAGUUCCGGCACAAUUGGUUCGGCCGGAUCGCACGGAUCUCUGCAGCAGCAGCAGCAGCAGCAGCAGCAGCAGCAGCAGCAGCAGCAGCAACAACAAUCACCACCGGCGCCGCCGAGGUCGCGCGCGCCCUCGGUACCACCGCACCUGCUGGCGGCUCAUCAUCAAUUUUGGUCGCAGAAUACUACUAGCGUACAGGGAUUCACUACGCAGAGGCUACUCAACGGUGUUAUCAGCAGCGCCGUCAGUUACGGCGGGCAGAACGCCACGACUGUCUCCACCAGCUCUGGAGGUGGCACCAGCAGCUCCAGCUGUACCAAUUCCAGUGUCAGCUGUGUCACUACUGGCGCUACCACCACGGCAACGUCGGGCGAAGGUAUGAAACCACCGACGCAAAGAGCAGCGCCAGCACCACCGCGGCCCCCGCCUACGGUGCUAAUGGGCGAGAUCGGCGGCGUCCGUACGAUGAUAUGGUCGGCACCGCCGUUGGACCCGGUACCGCCACCGGCGGCAUCCUGGUCGGCCACGGCUGCGGCGGCCGCCUCGUGCUCCUCGUCGGAGGAGUCGGCCGCCCAGCUGUUGCUGAACCUCGGUCAGGAGUCCAGGGGUAAACCACCCUCGUCCUCCUCCGCGGUCUCGUACUCGUCCGCCGCCGGGCCGCCGCUCAACAUGGAGAGGCUGUGGGCCGGCGAUCUGACGCAGCUGCCGGCCGCGCAACAGAUGCAGGCGCUGAAUCUCACGGCGUCCGGUUCCGCCGCGCAACCGUGGGUCAGCAACGGCGGCACCGUUAUCAAAUCCGAGGCGGCGUCGCAAUCCAUGUCGGUGGCACCGCCUGCGCCACCCUUGCCGCCCCAGGAGCACGAGGAAGACGAAACGCCUAUGAUAUGCAUGAUUUGUGAGGACAAGGCGACCGGCUUGCACUACGGUAUCAUCACGUGCGAAGGGUGUAAAGGCUUCUUCAAGAGGACCGUGCAAAAUAGACGGGUGUACACGUGCGUGGCUGAGGGAGGCUGCGAAAUUACGAAGGCGCAGAGGAACAGGUGUCAGUACUGUCGGUUUAAGAAAUGCAUCGAACAGGGUAUGGUCCUGCAGGCGGUUCGGGAAGACCGGAUGCCUGGAGGAAGGAAUUCCGGUGCAGUGUACAACCUUUACAAGGUGAAGUACAAGAAACACAAGAAGAGCAACAAGACGGGCGGCGUCGGCGGCGGUAUGGGUGGCGGCGGUAACGUCGGUGGUGUAAACGGCUCGGGUACCAAGGGUGCCAUGGGCACGACGAUGCUGGACAAGCACAUGGCCGCGGCCGCGGCCGCCCAUCACAGCCAGCAGCAGCAGCAGCACGCUCAACUGGCCGGUAGUUUCCUUCAUCAUCACAAAAUCUCAUCAGGCGAUCCACUCAGCUCGCCGCCCACCCCUAGCCACCCGAGCCACCCCGCGCAUUCGGGCCACCUCGUCAACGGGACUAUCCUCAAGACGGCGCUUACCAAUCCUUCCGAAGUGGUGCAUUUACGACAAAGGCUAGACAAUGCAGUAAGCAGUUCGAGGGAUCGAGUAUUUCCUCUGGACGCAACCUUAACCAUGAUUCAAACCCUUAUAGACUGCGACGAGUUCCAAGAUAUCGCCACGUUGAGGAACUUGGACGAGCUGCUGGACCAUAAUUCAGACUUAAGUGACAAGCUGUGUCAGAUAGGAGACAGUAUAGUGUACAAGUUGGUGCAGUGGACCAAAAGGUUACCGUUUUACCUUGAGCUGCCGGUCGAAGUUCACACAAGGCUGCUCACCCACAAGUGGCAUGAACUUCUUGUGCUGACUACGUCUGCUUACCAAGCGAUGCACGGUCAGCACAGGUUAACAAAUGUCACUACUGACGGGACGGGUGCAGACUUUGUGCAAGAAGUAACGAACAACAUGUAUACGUUGCAAAGGUGCCUAACCAGCAUGAUGGGUCGGCCGAUAACCAUGGACCAAUUGCGGCAAGACGUAGGGCUCAUGGUGGAAAAAAUCACAUAUGUCACGCUAAUGUUCAGGCGGGUGAGGCUACGGAUGGAGGAGUAUGUCUGUCUAAAAGUAAUCACUAUGCUCUCACAAGAUACAAAAUCACGAGGAAGUACACUGGAAUUAGAACAGAUACAAGAACGGUACAUGAGCUGUCUGCGAAGUUUUGUCGAGCACAGCGCUCCUCAGCAGCCGAGUCGAUUUCAUGAUCUUCUUGUCAGACUGCCCGAAGUACAAUCGGCGGCGACUUUACUACUUGAGAGUAAAAUGUUCUACGUUCCUUUCCUAUUGAACUCAGCAAUUCAAAGAUAGUAAAUAAACAAAGUGACGAUAAACGAAGCUGAAUACCUAUAUACAUACUAUACAUACGUUAUAAAUAUAUACACAGAAAAAAAGUAAAAGAACCGAACAAACAGGCAAGCUAACAAACGAAUAGAUAAAAAACAGAGAGAAAAAGAGUCCAAUGAGA